AUGCCCCAAGCAACGACCCCAGCCGAAGAGGAGGAGGAGGAGGAGGAGGAGGAGGAGGAGGAGGAGGAGGAGGAGGAGGAGGAGGAGGAGGAGGAGGAGGAGGAGGAGGAGGAGGAGGAGGAGGAGGAGGAGGAGGAGGAGGAGGGGGACCGUUGUGGCAUUGGCGAUGCGGCACCUCGCCGGCGCGGUUCGUGCGGUUCGCGCGGCGGCCAUGACGCCUCAACGCUGUAG